GACGGUUAGUGACGGUUGGUGACGGUUAGUGACGGUUAGUGACGGUUAGUUGUCCUGGUGUUUAAACAAUAAAACCCGGUGAACGCUGCUAAUAAAGUUAACCGGUGAUGUUACCGUGAUGUGUGCACUAUAACGGAGAACCGGCGCCCGUUCAGGUUUUAUGCUUCCUCUUUGACUUGAAACUGAAGAUAUGAUGGACAACCUGGAUUUCUCCGAAGAGGAAAUUCAAGACCAACUGGCGGCUCUGGGCUACACAAACAUACCAAAACACCGUCUGCGUGAAUUCAAGCAAGAUCUUGAUGAACUGGUUCGACGUGGAGAAUGGAAAAGCCUGACCUCAUCCGCUCAGAGAAACACGGCCACAUCUCAGCCGAGUCCUCCUCCCUACACCAAAGAGAAAGUCAGUCAGCGCUGCUUUCAAGGAUCCGCUGGAGGGUUUUUCUUACAUGCCAGAAAAGCAGACCAUGACAGACAGGCGACCACCUGUCAGAGCAGAGAGUGUGGACGGCCGCAGGGAGGCUUCGACUCGUACGCUCGACACUCGGUGGCUCUGAAUCUCCGGCUGCCUCCAGGCGCUCCCAGCAGGCUGCAGGUGGUGGAGGUGGAGCCGGAUCCUGACGACACCCUCCACCCGCCGCUCAGUGACGGCUACACAUCCACUCCUGACUCCCAGCGGGAACGCUUCAUCAAGAGAAAAGUCCUGAGGAAACAUAAAGGACAAUCACUGGUCUGUGAUGAAUCAGUCUACAGUGAAGACUCAGACUCAGCGAGUUGUCUGGAGGAACGGCUGGCUGACCUCCAGUUAUCCUCGCCGGCUCGGCGCGAAUUAGAGACGGGGAACGAAGACGUCUCCAGUCAGAGUGACACCCAGAGCUCCGACACAGAGGGAGUCUCCUUCAGCGCCUUUGAAUCUUAUCUAAGAGGCAUGACUCGAUCUCAAAGUGACGGUGACCUCAGGCCCAAACCCAAAUCCUUCAUCCGACCAGUCAGGAGUCAGCAAACCAUUAAGAAGACGGACCCAGUAGCCAAGUAUUUCCGGUACAAGCAGCUCUGGGAAAUGUUUAAACUUCCAGGAGAGACGGACAGGAGAGCUCUCCGCUGGGAAAUCAAGGAGCGACUUGCAUUCCAACCUCCACCGCCUAAACCUCGGAGGGUUUACGUGCCCAACACCUACAUCGUGCCAACAGAGAAGAAGCGCUCGGCCCUCCGUUGGGAGAUCAGGAACGAUUUGGCCAACCGCCUCCUUCCGUACAAAUACAGUUAUUGAUGUUAGGCCUUUUAGGGUGUUUUUAAUACAAUGCAUUGUUCUUUUUUUAUAUUUGGCAUUAUUUAUUGAUGUUUUUUUUGUUACACAAAGAAAAGUGAAUAUAUUACAGGUGAUUUCAUGUUUUCUAUGGGAAGUCGGAGUAGGGCAGUUUAAAUGGGUACAGAGGGGUGUAGCGCUGGUCGUGCCAGAGCAGCUUGUCCUCCAGAAACUUGACCGUUUCCAGAGUGAGGACGACGGCUUCAUGUUUCAGCAUGCUGUGGACGUUCAGACCUGACGUAAAGACAAGAAAAACAUCUGCUACUGACCGGUUCUGUUCACUUCCACAGACUAAAAGACUGAAAUGUUGAUGCAUUUUGAAGUUUUAAAUAAUGGUGUCAUGUUAAAGGGACAGUGUGUAGAUUUUGGUGGCAUCUAGUGGUGUGGUUGCAGAAUGCAACCGAGUAACUGAGACUGCGGUAACGUGAGCCUCAGAGUGCAAAACCGUGGUAACACCAUACUUUAUAGAUAAGGAAGUCAGACGGCAGCUGGCGGUACCACGGUUUUGCACUCUGCGGUUCAAGUUACCGCAGUUUCACAAGUGUGUCGGAGAACUACGGUGGCCUUAAAUGUAAAAACGUUAAAAGCUAGAGCCAGAGUUUGUGCUUCUGUAGAAACAUGGCGGACUCCGAAGAGGACCCGCUCCCUAUGUAGAUCUAAACGGCUCAUUCUACGCUAACAGUGAUUCUUAGUUAUGAAUCUAAUAUAAUCCAUUUCUAGCUAUACUGUCCUACCCUGAGAUGUUACACACUGUUCCUUUAAAAUGGUUUGUUGAGGAGUUCCACUAUGUGAUGAUGAAAAACUAUCAUUCAUGUCCGAGGGACUUGAUUUGUAUGUAAGGAUUUUUAAUUAAACUGAUGUCCUACUUGUUUUGUUCCCUAA